AUGACAUUUCAUUUUUACUUUCAUUUUUCCCUCUUAUUUUUCUGCUUCCUUGCGUUUCCAUUCAAAUAUGCCCGAUUCAUAAUUUUUGUUUCUUUUCGUCGUUCUUUCUGCAUCCUGUCUCCUCCUCCUCCUCUUCUUCUUCUUCUCUCCCUUUUUACUUCUCUUCUUCCUACUAUUACGCCUUUCCUUCUCCCCUCCUGUUCUUCUUUCAUCUCCACCUCUGUAGUUUUUUGCCCCACUUUAACAUCGCUUCCCCUCCUUCUUCCUCCUCCUCUUCUACCAUCUCUUCAUCAUCUUCUUCCCCUUUCUCCUGAACAACAACAACAACAAAUACUGCUACUACUACUUCUUCUUCUUUCUGCUCCUCUAUCAUCUUCCACCCUCUUUUUAAAUCUUGUUUUCUUCCACUUUUCUACCUGCUCCUCCUCUUCAGUUUUAUCCUCCGCGUCUCUCUUAAGAUCCUCUCCUUUUCUUUUUUCCUUCUUGUAUUCGUCUUCCUCUUUUUCCUCCUCUUUUCCCCUCCUCCUCCUCGCCCUUCUUCCUCUUCCUUCUGAUCCUCUAUCUUCUUCCCCCAUCUUGAUUUCUUCCAUUUCUUUUUCUACCUGA